CCUCCCACCCCUUUCCCCCCUCUCCACUCCCCCUAUCUACCUGUCAAAGUCACUGAUCUUUUUGCAUUUCGGAAGAGGAGGAUACCGAGGAGGAAUUCCCUCUCUGGGGUCUCAGCUUUGAAAGGGCCAACUCCUCCCGGGAGCCAGAUCUUUUCCCUCGGCACCGGGCGAAGGUAAUUAAGCAGCGGGGCGUUGAUUGCUGUUGUGGGGGCUCUCUUUCCACCAUCCCCUUCCCAGCCCCCAGCCCCUAGUCCCACGCCCUCUCCUCUGGACUUCUGGAGGCAAGUGGAGCAACUCUGCGGUGGUGGGGGCGAGCUCGACGGCUCCUACUGGACCCCCUGAACCCCUCCUAAUCUUUCCGCCCCUGUGCCGGGUCCCCGCGCUCGCCGGAGGAGGCACGGCGGGGGAAAGCAGCCUCCGCCCGGCAGCCGCGGGCUCCGAUGCUGCCGCUGCCGCCACUGGACGCGGACGAGGCUGGGAAGGUCCGCGGCAAGGAGCCGUCUGCUCGCCUCCCGCCUACUGUAACAAGGGCAAAUGGUCCACACGGAUGUUGGUGCCAGAAGAAAAGAAUGAUUGAUGGGAAACAGACACCGGGCUGUAGACACUCAUCCUUUUGCUUCACAUACUGAUUUAUCAGCGAGUCUGGACAUCCCUUGUGAGCCGUGAACAUAGAGGAGGAUCACUCAGGGUUAUCGGCAGUACAACUGAAGACCUACCACUUUGCUAAAUUAUCAUCCCUUCUUGGACAUUUAUUACGACAAUAAGAAAAAAAUCAAAACAAAACAAAGCAAGACCUAACAAUCCUAGAGAUAAGUCUGGGACAAAGAAAGAUCCUAGAGCUGGUUUUAAAGGCUGUCACAUGAGUAUGAUAGGCUUCCACCAAAGUCCUCAACUUACACAAAAAAGCACUAUAUUCUAAGACAUCACCACUCUUGGGUUUGAAACCUGCUUUGGGGCCACUUUGUGUGCAUAUACUUUUGAAAAUAUACAGACCAAUAUACAUCAAGAAAGCAAAAUCACAAAUAUACCAACUUUGUUUCAGUCCUGGUGAAGUUUUCAAAGGAUUUAGAGAUGUAUUUGUCAAGAUUCUUAUCAAUCCAUGCCCUUUGGGUUACUGUGUCCUCAGUGAUGCAGCACUAUCCAUCAGUGUGGGGACAUUAUGAUGUGUGUAAGACUCAGAUUUACACAGAAGAAGGGAAAAUUUGGGAUUACAUGGCUUGCCAGCCAGAGGCUACUGACAUGACAAAAUAUCUGAAAGUGAAAUUGGAUCCUCCUGACAUUACCUGUGGAGACCCACCUGAAACAUUCUGUGCAAUGGGCAACCCCUACAUGUGCAAUAAUGAAUGUGAUGCAAGUACCCCUGAACUGGCACAUCCCCCUGAGCUGAUGUUUGAUUUUGAAGGAAGACAUCCCUCCACAUUUUGGCAGUCUGCUACUUGGAAGGAGUACCCCAAGCCUCUCCAGGUUAACAUUACUCUGUCUUGGAGCAAAACCAUUGAACUCACAGAUAACAUAGUUAUUACCUUUGAAUCUGGGCGUCCAGACCAAAUGAUCUUGGAGAAAUCGCUUGAUUAUGGACGGACAUGGCAACCCUACCAGUAUUAUGCCACAGACUGCUUAGAUGCUUUCCACAUGGAUCCUAAAUCCGUGAAGGACUUAUCGCAGCACACAAUAUUAGAAAUCAUUUGCACAGAAGAGUACUCCACGGGGUACAUGACCAAUAGCAAAAUAAUCCACUUUGAAAUCAAAGAUAGGUUUGCAUUUUUUGCCGGACCCCGGCUUCGCAACAUGGCUUCCCUGUAUGGACAGCUGGAUACCACCAAGAAACUCAAAGAUUUCUUUACCAUCACAGACCUGAGGAUAAGACUACUGAGGCCGGCCACUGGGGAAAUAUUUGUAGAUGAGCAACACCUGGCCCGCUACUUUUAUGCGAUCUCAGACAUAAAGGUAUAUGGAAGGUGCAAGUGUAACCUUCACGCCACUGUGUGUGUCUUUGACAACAAUAAAUUGUCUUGUGAGUGUGAACACAACACUACAGGCCCCGACUGUGGGAAAUGCAAGAAGAAUUAUCAGGGCAGACCUUGGAGCCCCGGCUCGUACCUCCCCAUCCCCAAAGGCACGGCCAACACCUGUAUCCCCAGUAUUUCCAGUAUUGGUAACUGUGAAUGCUUCGGCCACUCCAAACGGUGCAGUUAUAUCGAGUUGCUCAAUACAGUCAUUUGCGUGAGCUGUAAACACAACACUAGAGGGCAACACUGUGAGUUAUGCAGGCUGGGCUACUUCAGAAAUGCUUCUGCACAGCUGGACGAUGAAAAUGUAUGCAUAGAGUGUUUUUGUAACCCUUUGGGCUCAAUCCAUGACCGUUGUAAUGGCACAGGAUUUUGUGAGUGUAAGACGGGAACAACAGGGCGUAAAUGUGAUGAGUGUCUGCCAGGAAAUUCCUGGCACUACGGCUGUCAACCCAAUGUGUGUGACAAUGAAUUCCUGCACUGCCAAAAUGGAGGGACGUGUCACAACAACGUGAAGUGUCAGUGUCCAGCUGGCUACACUGGCAUCCUGUGCGAGAAGCUACGGUGUGAGGAGGCUGGAAGUUGCAGCUCAGACUCUGGCCAUGGGGCAAGGGCACAGGGCUCUCUUACUCUGCUGGUGGCUCUGCUAGGAAUAACUGGCCCACACCUCUUUUAGGCUCAAGUAUACUCUAUGGCCUCAAGUUCAGCCAACUGAUGGGACUAUACCAUGGGGAAGCUAAACUAAUCCAAGAUUUUGCUACUAACAUAGAAAAAUACACACACACAUGUUGAAAAACAAAAACAACUAAGGCGGCCUAACUGAACUAAGCCAUAUUAAUCAAUUGUGGACAGCAAUUCCGAGUCAAGACUGUUAAUUUCUGACUCCAGACAAGUUGGCAGCUGCUGAUAUUAUUACUACAAAUCACAACGCCAGCUGCAGGACUUACUGUGGAUUGAAGGGGCUGUAAAAGCCCUCCCCAUUCUCACCCCAAAACAGGGAAAAAAUUUAAAAAAAAAAAACAACCUAGAAACACACACAUAAACAUUUAUGCCUCUAAUCUGGUGCGCUCUCUUGUACCUCUCUGCCCAGUGUGUGGACCAACCAAAUAGAAGCAUUCUUUGCUGUCAGUGCAUUGUGGGUAUAAGGAAAUCUGGUCAAAGCUGCCAUAUUGGUCUGCUUCAGUCCCUGAAUCCCUUCCAAUCUGUGCUAUAGUGACCGUUGCUCUGUAAGUAACCCUUGUUGGUUGAAAGAUUUCUUUGUCUGAUGUUAGUGAUGCACAUGUGUUACAGCCCCUUCCAAAAAUAUCUCAAGACAGUCAUAUCCUUGUGUAUCUUAGCAGCACUACAUCACUCCAGUGCUGAUAUACACCUACCGUACAAGAGUGGCUAUAAGGGAAAAGAAAAAAGAAAAAAAAAAAAAAAGAAGAAGAAGUGUAUCUAUCCUUUUGUAUUCAAAUGAAGUUAUUUUUCUUGAAAUAAUGUACAAUGUAGAUUUUUGUAUUAUUGCUAAUUUGUGUUACAAGACAAUCUGUUAAUGUAUUUGAUUCUAAUCAGAUAAGAAGAUGGUUACAUUUUCUUUGUCCUUUUUUUUAAAAUUUUGUUUUGUUUUGUUUUGUUUAAUUGUGCAGAGAUCCCUCUGUAUGAGCAACGUGCUGGCAUCAAAGAAUAUCAGUUUACAUAUAUAAAAAGUGUAAUAAGAUUCCACCAAAGGACAUUCUAAAUGUUUUCUUGUUGCUUUAAUCUGGAAGAUUUAAAGAAUAAAAAUUCCUGCAUAAAUGA